GAUAGUCGCACAGCACAUAAUUUAUCGAAUCGACUGGCAAGCUGAAGAUUACGCCCAGCGUGAUAACUCCUGAAAUUGUGAUGGUCCGUGCCGCCGGACGGCACGCUGCCUGGCUGCCUGCUUCUCAAGUUUCCGGACUGGCCUUGCGGUCUUCAGGAUUGUAGUAUGCGCUGAUCGGUGGCUUCAGGCGGCUUCUUAGCUUCGUCGAGCGGGCGACUAGUCCGCGUGGCUGGUCAAAGACCGUGUUAGCUUGGAUAGAGGGAGCUGCAACCUGGUAUAGCGGUCGCGUGGGCUUCAGCGGCGGCAAUUGGUGGCCGACCUCGCGCCGAUGCGCGACCACGAGGCGGAGGAUGAGCUUCAUGGCCCCUGCGUCAGGAAUCCGCUGGCGACGAGCGGCGGCGCGGACUUUGCCAACCCCACGCACGAUAGCAUAUGGAAGGUGACACGGCAGUUGAAGAAGGAGCAACUGUCGCUCUACAACUGCCUGGCCUCGGUGUUGAGCGAUGCGGCAUUUGUUUCGGAGAUACGCGCACUGUAUCCCACACUGCCGCUGCUGGCUAACCUGCGCUGCGGCCUGUGGUAUGCGCGCCAACCCGACGGCACAUGCUACUUCAAGUCCACGGACGGGCACAACGGCAACUGGUCCUUCUCCUGUACGAGGCUGAAUCUACACGUGGCGGAGGUGGCGGCGCGACAGGGUGGCGUCAUCAUCGUGGACGCCACGCGAAAGGGAAAGCGCUUCCCGGACGCUAUGACAAAGACCAUCCCCAUCUGGGCGGCGGUGGUGAACAGGGCCGUGGCUCGUAAGCGCGCUGAGGCCGCGGAGGCUGCGCAGCGGCAGGCAGCAGCGGCAGGUGUGGCGGCGUCAGCCGCGGCGGAGGCGGACGCCGCCGCCGUUUCUGUGGCGGCCUCACAAGCGGAGGAGCAGAGCGCGGAGGCUUGCAUGCGCGUGCAGCGGCUGGCGGCGCAGGCGGCUGCGGCCGCGAUGGCGGCGGUGCAGCCGGCUGCUGCACCACUGGCUGAUGUCGGGCAGGCAGCUGGCAAGGACGACGAUGGGGCUGCCGGCACGAGCAGCAGUCGUACAUGCGCUGUUCGGAGCGCGGGCCUGCCGCCGCUGCGCGCCGCUGCGGUGGCGCGUGUUGCAGAGGCGGAAAACUGUGGACGUGUGGGCUCACUUAGCUCCUGGCUGGAUAGCCCCUUGGCCCUGGCAGAUUGCUGGGACGCAGUGCUAGCGGUGCGGGCUCGGAAGGCGGCGGCUGUGGCAGUGGCAGCCGCCUCUACCGCCUCUACCAGUGCAGGUUCUGCUUCAUACACCGACCUGACUGCAACAGGCGUCGACGACUCUGCGCUCGGGGCGGGCACCUGCGUAGACGUGGGCGAGGAGAAAACAGAGCAGGAAAGCGCGGACGUGCCGCCUGCUCUGGCGGUGCUGCCGCCGGCGCUUCCGGAGGGCUGCAGGGCCGCCUAUGUGGUUGCUUCAGUUGAGUGCGACGCGGCGGCCGUUAACGCCAGCGCUCAGCUUCCGGUGUCGCCCUGGGGGGCGGCGGAAUUGCAGCAGCAGCCAUUGGGCAGCCCGCAGCCGUCAGCUCACGGGGCCAGCGGGGCGCUUGAAGCGCUAGCACAGGCCGAAGCUGCGCCCGAGCCCUCAGGUGCACCUUCUGUCGCGGGCACGGAUGGACAGCUCGAUAACGAUGCCGCCUUAAUGGCGACGAUUUCCCGCGUCACUGGUGGUGACGUGGACCUUGCGGCGGCGUCGGCUUCACACGUGUGCUGCUCGCCGGAGGAGGCGUGGCGCAGCGGGUGUGUGGUGGUGGAGGGCGUGGACGCGGGCGAGGGGGCCCACCAGCGGCACGGCCAUCAGCAGGAACACGCUGACCACGGCGCUGGCUGCCAGGUGCCGGAGGCGCUGCCGGGUUGCACGGCCGGCGUGGAGGACGACGGGGCGCCGGGCCGCCCUGAAGAGCCCGCAUGCGGCAAGCGUGGGCGCGCCAGGAAGGGCGGCGGCAGCUGCGGCGCCUGCGUCGCAGCCGCCGCGGGGGGCGUCUGCUCAUCAGCGUCGACGUCAGUCCUGGCGAGCGGCUCCGGCUCUGACACGUCCUGCUGCAGCGUGAGCCGCAGCAGUAGCGGCGUUAGCGAGCACAGCGACGGCGAGGCAGUGCGGGGCUGCGGCUAUGGAUGCGGUUGCGAUGAGGCCGCGGCGGCUGCGGAAGCAGGGGAGGCUGAGGGCACGGACGGGGGCGCGUGCAGUGGCGAGGGCGAGGCGGAUGGCGAGCGAAGCGGCGCGUGGAGCUCUUGCGGAUGCGAGGGUGACGUCGAUGAUAGCGCAGCUGAGGGUUUCUCGUUCUGUUCCGCUGGCAAGCCGACAUGCGCCUGGCAACAGCCGCGCGCAGGGACGGCGCGCCGGCAAUGCGCGGGCGCCGCGCAGUGCCCGUCGGCCCCCCGGCGCACGGCGGCGCUGGUCUGGCGCAGCGUGAAUGGCUGCUGGAGCAGCGGCAGCGGCCGUGCCAGCAGCAUCGACAGCGAGGACUGCGACACGGCAGCGGUCUCCGUCGCGUUAGGCUGUGGAGGCAGCCCGGGCGGUGACAACUUCUCGUUCCCCGUGUGCCACUCCUGCGAAGGCGCCCCACCCUUGGGCAGCGCGGCCGUCUCCUCUGAAGCCAGCGCCGCCGCCGCGGCUGCGCCGGAGUGGGACACCGGGCUGCACCUGCCGUUGUGGAUCUCGUCGAACGAGCGGCUGCAGAUAGAGAAGCGGCUGGACGGCUGGGUGGACGCGCUGCUGCGCAUGGGCGCUGACGUGGAGGGCCUGGCGCGUAGCCUAAGCAAGCCGCUGCGGCCGUUGUGGAUCACGCAGUCUUCCACGAUCUGGGUUGACCAGGUUGCGCAGCCCGACCAGCUGCCCUUCACACCCCUCUACCUGGUGUCUGCAUCGCAGCCGCACUCGUACGUACGGCAGGCGGCGGUAACGUUGGGCGGCGGCGCGGGGCGGGGCUCUGCGGCCACGAGUGGCAGCGGCAGCAGCACCGGGCGGCGCGGUGGCGGCGUCGGUGGCAGUGACGCGGACGGGGACAACAGCGACUGCGCCGGCGCGGUGGGGCGCAGCGGCGGUGACGGGCGUGGGAAGCUCUACAAGCAGCAAGGGCACGGGCGGCGCGGGCAGCGGCGGCGGCGGCACUCGGGCGACGGCGGCGCGGAUGACUCGGGUGACGCACAGCCGCACGCAUGGACGUACGUGUACGUACCGGGCGCCGGCGACGACGAGGAGUCAUGGGCUGCAGGCCUCACGCCCGCCGUGUUCUGGGCGCACCAGGCCGAGCUGCUGGCUGCGGGUCCCGCUGGCGUGAACGAUGUUGUUCAGCAGAUCUUGGUAGAUGAGCAGGUCGCGCUGGCGGAGCACGGGGAGAACAGCACGGUGGCGGGCGGCGCGACGGCUGGCGCCGCCGCCGCCGCGGCCGCGCACGACUACGUCGCGCCCACGGACUCGCACCACCUGCUGCCCGCGGGCUGCCGCGCGGCAGCGGGCGCUGUUGCGGCUGCGGGGCCGGGCGGACUGUGGUGGCUCGGCGGCACCCGGAUUGCCCUGGGCGACUUUGCAGCGGGCUCUGCUCCGGGGUGCUGGAGGCAUGUGGAUGCGGUGCUGUCGGUGGGCGGCACCCAGCACCCGUCCAUGGCGGGCGAGGUGGGGCAGGAGGCGCUGGCGGUGUGGGCGCACACGCUGGAGGAGCGGGCGCAGCGUGAGCGGUGCCACCCGCACCCGCACGCGCAUACGGCGGCAUCAGCCGGUAAAGAUGAGCUUGACGCAGCGGCGCAGGGGCAGGCGCAGGAGCAAAGUCGGGUGGCUGAGCUGCAGCAGGAGCAUGCGGUGGUGGAGGUGGUGGACGCCGUGGUCGCCGCAGCGACAGCGUCGUCUUCCGCUGUUGGUGAUGCUGGAUCGUCUUCUGCUGUUGGUGAUGCAGGAGCAGUCUGCACGGCAACUGACGGCGACGAACAUGGCUUCACGUUCCCGCCGCUGCUGCUGCCGCUUUGUCCGGCCGGUGGGAGCGUUGGCAGCGACCCGUUUCACUGCGUGGGCCCUCAGAUGCCGGAGCAGUCGCAGCCGCAAGCGCACCUGCAGUUCGCUCACCAGCAGCACCCACAUAUGCACCACCACCAUCAUCGUCACCAUCAUCACCACCGGCACGCGCCGCGCUACCUGCACCUGCCCAUCCAGCACUUCAAGCACCACCGCACCUCGCUGCUUGACGCGCUGGAGCCCGCACUGCGGUUUUUGUCACACCACCUCAGCCGCGGCCACACCGUGCUGAUACACGACACCAACGGCCUGGACACUUGCGUCUGUGUGGCCGUGGCGCUGCUGCUCGCAUGCUACAGCGCUCCAGGCGCCGUCAGCAGCUCCGCCACCAGCGCAGCCGCGGGCGGCGCAGAUGGGGCUGCUGCUGCGCCCGCGGGCGAUGCAGCGGAUAGCGGCCUGGCGUGGACGCGGUCGUACAACCCGGGGCAGGGCGUGUCUGAGGUGACGAAGGACUCGGUGCGGCAGCGGCUGGCGUGGCUGAGCGCGCACUACCCAGCGGCGCGGCCCACACGCGGCAUGCUUCGCCAGGUUUUCAACCACUUCGUCCGCCAGGCGUCUGGGAACGGCGAUGGCGAUGCAGAUUCAUAACUGGUAGUCAAUAAAAGGUCAUUUAAUGAUGUCAUUGGGGCAACGUGAACACGGACACGUUGCGCGAAGCAUGAUGAACUGCCCAGGACAAGAGCAACAUCACUCGGCAUGCGGAAUGGCAGAAACUGUGGUGCAUCGGCGUGACCUUGUAUAUGAACUCGCAGAGCAGGAUGUGCGGUUUUGUGGGCACUCGUGCCAGGCGGGUUGCGGGUGCGGAGCGGAUGCUUGUGGGCAGGGACGCCAGGGGGCUAGUUGAGGUACUGUUGAUGCAGGAGGUGAAGGAAGGCAACGGCAUACCACAGAAACGGCUAGUUAGUGGCGUCGACACAGUAGGCAACGAGAGCAUGUAAUGUAGGAGAUGAGCGGCGGCCUGUUGGACUGAAAGCCAUCCGGCCCGGGGCGAAGGGCACAGCCGGGUUUUCGCCAGCCGUACAGGCUCUGGGUGGCGAGUGCUGUGCAAAUGUAAUUUCCUCUCACA